AUGUUCAUAUCAUCAACAUUGAAGCAAUUACAACAACAACAACAAAUUCAUCAGCAAAAAUCCAAAUUGGUUACAAAUGAAAUUUUGACUCAAGUUUCCUCCGAUUGUGGAUUACAAAUCCCAUCAUCAUCGAAUGAAAAUUCAAAUUCCUCAUCCCCUAAAUCGACAUUCAAUAACGUGAUUCGUAACAUUUCAUUUCGUUCAGAUAGGAAUAAUAUUCAUCAACGAAAUUUUGCACCGGAUCUAAAUCAAUUGAAUCAAUUUUUCAAUCUAAACUUUGCCGGUGGUAAUCAACAAAAAUCAUUAAAACAUUCAUUCCUCUGA